AUGGCUCAGGUGUGGAGAAGGAUUUCAGGACACUUCUGGGACCCUGAAACUGCUGCAUCUAAGAGUACCAGUGGACUUACAGAUAUAACAUGGAGUUCCAGUGGAAGUGAUGUGUCAGAUGAGGAUAAAACACUUUUUAAAUCACAAAGAGAUAAUGGACAUAAUGAACUACAGUUUAUUGACUGGGAGAUUGACAGUGACAGGGAAGAUACUAGUGAGUAUAAUGAAUUUGAAGACUGUGAGAGUGUUGUGGAAAUAUCAGACUGUGCUUCUUGUUCAAGCAAUCAUUCUUCGACUAGUGAAGAGGGGUUCUCUGAGCUCUUGAAGAGAAGUUCUACAGAAAUUUUGGAAUACUCAUCAGAUAGUGAAAAGGAAGAUGACUCAGAGAAUGCCUUGUUCAUUGAUUCAGAAUCCUCUCCCAAAAACCACAUGGAUUUUGGAACUGAUGUUAGAGAGGUGAUGGAGAGACCAAUAAGGCGGAAGGUGAAAUCUGCAGAGACCAUUUUGUACAUGCCCCAGAAGCAGACGUUUCCCAGGACUCCAGGACCAUCAGCAAAGAUGAAGCUUCUAAGAGGCGGGCUAGCAGAAAGACUAAAUGGACUGCAAAAUCGAGAGAGAUCUGCCAUUUCUUUAUGGAGACAUCAGUGUGUUUCUUACCAAAAGACACUUUCAGGUAGAAAGUCUGGCAUAUUAGUUGUGAAAAUUCUAGAGCUGCAUGAGGAAUGCACCAUCCAAGUUGCUAUGUGUGAGCAGUUAGCAGGGAUGCAAGCCGACAGCUCAUCUCUAGGUCAGGCCCCCAGGACUGGACUGAAGGUGCUGUUCACCAAGGAGACUGCUUGCCAUCUCAGGGGACAUCCCCAAGACAUCAUCCAUAUUUACCCUCCCUGGCAAAAGCUUGUUAUCCCAAAUGGAAGUUGCCCUGUUAUUCUGAAUACUUACUUUUGUCAGAAAAUUGUCACCAAAGAAGAUUCAAAAAUAAUACGUGAAGUGCACUGUUGGGACACACCCCUUCCAAGAAGAAGUAUCACUUUGGCCCAGAUGUUUAUAUUUAAGAAUCUAACAAUUAAAUCUCCUGAAGGCCAGGUUAUGUGUAGUGAUCUCACUACCAUGAGGACAGAAUGCACCCGUGGACAUGAGGAAACCAAGCAAUGCUUCCCAGCUCAAGCUCCCCUGAGGGACUCUCUUCUGGAUGCAGUGGAAAGCCAGGGAGCUGCCCCGUGGUCAGGAGUCAAGGUCCGAGUGGUGGUACAAAGAGUUUACUCUCUUCCCUGCAGGUAUCAGCAGGGAGGUGGCUCAGCUGUUCCACCGGGCCCAGACCCAUCCAGAGCUCGUCUUAGCCAUGGGGCCCGGCUGAGUGCGACCGUCACUGAGAGAACUGAGCCAGAGAGACAGACAGAGGACAGGAGCCUAACCAUCAAACUUCAGAAACAGAAGCCAGAGAAGAUGGUAGAAUGGACAAGUGACACUGUGGACAACAAGCACAUGGGGCGCCACCCAUCAAAGGCUGCUGUCAUUCAUGAGAAACCGCGGGCAUUUGGUGUGAGCUCCAUGGAGAGUGAUGAGGAAGAGAAGGGCUGUGAAUCAUGGAAUCUUGGAGUUAGAUUGGCCCUGAGAUACCGGUUGCAAGUUACUGGUUUGAUAGCUGAGUCUCGGCUGCAGCAGAGGAUUGAACUCGUCGGGUGCCAGACACCAGACUCUGACACAGGCCACUCAUCGCGUUUGCCAUUGAUCAGAGCAGUGACCUCAUGCUGGUCUAAGGAGACCCUCUGCAAAGUUCUCCAUUCAAGCCAUCCUCCACCGUGUGCCAAGACUUCUGUUUCUGAAACAGUGAUUUUAUCCAAACCUGUCCACUGUCACCCUGUUGUUGACUCAUUGAUGGCAGGAGAUAGGUGUGCUGCCUGGCACACAUGCUCGUCAUUUGUCACCCCUGGUUUCCUCUCAGGUCAGCCUCCACCAGGCCGUCAUCACAUGGCCGUUGCCUCCAGCCACUACUGGGCGUCACGGACUUCAGUCAAGAAGAGGCCCCCGCUCCCCUCAGCUCAGAGUCUAGGGUACAGUUUCACUGUGGGAGAUCUCCUAGCCCAUGUUGCAGCUCUACCCCAAGUGUGGUGGGCCAAGAAUACUGGCCCAGUUGUCCUAUCCCAGCUCACCCAUAGGACAGAGGCAGCAGAGCAGAGAAGCAGCCCCAGAUCAGUGUCCCCACCCCCACCCCAACACGCACUCUGGAUCCGAAGUGUAACUCCAGGAGAAGGGGACUCCAUCCUCACCCCUGGAGUCUGCCUUCUCGUGCAAGAUGCCUAUGGAAUGUUCAGUGAAGUAUACUCUGAGGGCGCCAUCUUGAAAGACCAACAGUUGGAAGGGAAAUCCUGCAGCCUGAUGGGAAUGAAGGUUCUACAGAAGGCCACCAGAGGAAGGACAGCAGGGCUUUUCAGCUUGAUUGACACCAUGUGGCCUCCAGCCAUGCCUCUGAAAGCACCUGGCCGUGGCCAAGCCCAUGAAGAGGUAGAAACUCGUGUGCCUCCUCCUAGCUUCUGUUACAUCCUCUCUGCUCAUCCAAGUGUGGGACAGAUUGAUGUCAUAGAAGAAGACCGCAUUUCUAAGCUUUACCAACCUCCAGUUACCCGCUUCUUAAGAGAAAUUCUUCAGACCGAUGACCACAGUACACGUUGCAGUUUCUAUGCCAGAGUGAUUUAUCAAAGAUCACAGUUAAAAACAUUAAUUUUCUUUUAACAAAGGGAGAUUUGGCUGAUGGUGACUGAUGUCACCCUGCAGAUGCAGGAUGAGAAUAACUCUGGCCUCCCCAAAACUGUACCAGUCUGUGUGGCCCCCUCAUGUGUGCUGAGCCAGGAAGUCGUGGAAGCGCUCGCCGAGGCUACCCCUCACAGCUUCCUCUUCAGGGACACUCUCCGAGCCCAGGGUCAGAUUGUUUGUGUUGAACGAAGUGUCCUUUUGCUUCAAAAGCCCCUUUUGGGUAUGGCCUCCAGUGCUCCCUCCUGUGAACUGACCAGCCCUGUGAAGCUCAAUGAACUGGAUUCUGUCACUCAGGUCAACUCCAUUUGCAGCGUUCAAGGCACUGUGGUUGGUGUGGAUGAGAGCACGGCUUUCUCAUGGCCCACCUGUGACCUGUGUGGCAACGAGAGACUGGAGCAGAGCCCGGGAGACAGAGGCGCCUUUUCCUGUGGGGACUGCUCCCGCGUGGUCAUCUCUCCUCUUCUCAGAAGGCACUUGCAGGUGUUCCUGGACUGCCCGUCUCGCCCCCAGUGCACAGUGAGGGUCAAGCUGUCCCAGGCCAGUAUUUCUUCGCUCCUGAGGUUCGCCGCCUGCGAAGAUGGGAGUUAUGAAGUGAAGAGUGUCCUCGGAAAGGAGGUGGGGCUGUUGAAUUGUUUUGUCCGGUCCGUAACCACCCACCCGGCUAGCUGCGUUGGAUUGGAGGAAAUUGAGCUCCUGACUGCAGGAAGAGCCUCUUCCCGACACUGCCCGUCGCCACAGGAGCUGUGAACUUUGUGA